AUGGCGGACCGCGGGCAUUUGCAAUCUGAUGGCGCCCAGAGCAGCGUCGACGCGAUCCUGCAGCAACUUGAAGAGUGGGCAGCAGACGUUGAUGAAAGCACGUUCCUGUUUUGGGCCCAGGCGAGCUUCGACGGCGCCGCAGGUGGAGCCCUGGCCGGGCCUCACAACGGCGGCAGUGCCAAUGCCGGCGGCGACGGGUCGCACGCGCAGCUGGUGGAGCGCGCGCAGCGCUCCAUGCUGCAGCUGCAUCAAAUCCUCAGCCCCGACCUGACAGGCGGCGAGGCCUGGUCGCCACGCGCGGAGCGCAGGCGCCGUGGCGGCCUCAACGACGGCGGCGAUGAGGUCAUGGAAUCGGCCGGCGGGUCGCCGCCAAAGGGGACGAUGGACGGGAUAGACACCAUUGAGCAGAUCCACUGGAUGAAAGACCAGAAACAGCACUGGCUGGGCACUCAGCACGGCGACGGGCUGGGGGAGGGGCGCGGCGCCCAGCCGCAGCCCGCGCCCAGCACGGCGGGCGAGCAGCUGCAGCAGCAGCAGCAGCAGCAGCGCCCGCCGCGCGCGCAGGGGCUGACGCCAGAGGAGCGCCUGGCGCGGCGCAGGCGGUCCCUGGCCGAGUCCAACAAGCGUUACCAGGCCCGCCGCAAGGGCAUGAUGGACGAGCUGCAGCAGCAGCUGGCCGACCGCCAACAGCAGCUGACUUACCUGGCCUAUCAAAACCUGGCCCUACGCGCCAAGAUGACCAGCCUGUCCGCCCUGGUGGCUGACCGCGAGAUCAACCUCCAGACCGCGCUGGGCCGUGGCGCCACGCCCGGCGGCGCGGGGUUCGAGGACGCGGCUGGACCCUUGGGCAGCGGGGGUCUCGGCGGCGGCGGCGGUUUCGGCGCGGCGCCCGGGCUGGAGCGGGCCGCGCCGCCCUCGCCGCCGUUCGUCGAGGCCGCCGCGCAGCUGCGGGCGGCGCUCGGGGCCGUCUCCGCGCGCCACGCGGCCGCGGGGGCCGCGGUGGAGCGCUACGCGUCGCUCAUCAGCGCGCUGCCCGGCCCAGACCAGCUGGCGAGGGAGGGCGCGUCCGGCGCGGCCGAGCGCCUGCGCCACGUCCACACCGCCUUUGUCGCGGCCGCGGGCGUGCUGCUGCCGCUCGCCGCGCCCGACGGCGCCGCCGCCGCCGCCGCCACCGCUGCCGGGCAGGGCGAGGGGCCCGAGGGCGAGGCGUUCCACGUGAUCGCCGCGGUGGCCAAGACGCACAUGAGCACGAUGCGCGCGAUGGCGCAGGCGCUCGGGCCGGCCUGGUGGAACGUGGCAGAGUGCCGCAUGGACACUGGAGAGCACUCGCCUGCGCCCGUGGAGCACUGGGUGUCAUUCCUGGCGGCGCGGCAGGCGGCCCUGGCGCGCUUCAAGAUUGGGCUGGGGCGCGACAGGGAGCUGCUGGCCGUCGUGAUGAUGUUCACAGAGAGCAUGCACAAGCUCCUGCUGUCCCGCGAGCGCCUCAUGCGCCACCUGGUGACGACCCUCACGGCCACCGGCGACGCGCCCGUCGCGCAGCUGCCCCACAGCGGCGCCCUGGGGCGCCAGCGGCUGCAGGGCGACGCCAGCCUGGGCGCGGGCGCGGGCGCGGCCGCCGCGGCGGCCGCGGCGUCGCGGGCGCAGGAUUUGUGGGAGCAGUGGCGGCGCCGCCAGCAGCCCCAGGAGGGGGGCGGGCCGGCGGGCCAGGUGUGGGAGAUGGUUGCGCAGGGCUCGGCGCAGGCGCAGCGGCAGGGCGGGGACGAGGGGUGCGGCGACGAGCCGUCCAUCCUUGACGACAGGUUUUGCGAGAUCCAGGAGACACUGGAUGAUCUCGCUCAGAACAUCAGGCAGCAGUCCAACCUCCUGGCGAGCCUGCACGGCGCGUCCGCCCUCAUCGCGCAGCGCACGCCGCUGCUGCUCGCGCAGAACUUCGUGCUCAACUACCCCUACCUGCCAGACAUGGUCAAGACCGUCCAGGUGUCGGGGCGGAUAUACCUGCCGCCGAUAUUCCUGAAGUCCGGGAUCGGACUGUCCGCGGAAGAUGUUGACCGCGGCGCGACUGCGCUCGCGGAGGAGCUGCGCCGCAUGGCCCAGGCGACCGGCGACGCGUGA